UGCAGGGGAAGAUGAUGCGUUAAACACGUCAUAGAUUAUUUCCACUUGGAUAUCUCAACUAUGAUAAGUUUAUUACUAGUCAAAAUCUCUUUCUUCUUAUUCGUAUCAUUUAAAAGCUCAGAAUGCUCUUGUACAACUGAUGAUGACUGUUCGAAUUUUGAACAAUGCUUAUUAGGAAAAUGUUCAUGCCAACCGCAAUAUGGUCAGGAAAUUUGCGAUGAUAGCGAAAAUCUAAUUUUGGACAGAAACAAAUUCAUCAGCAACGGACCGGUAGCCAAUGUUGUGACACGUUCCGUUUAUCAAUGCUAUUCGACUUGUGUAACUAUUACUCUUUUUGAUUGUGUUGGAUUUUUAUUUAAUGAUAUUAAUGGCGGAACUGUCAGUUGUAAGCUUUAUACAGAAAUAUCUCAAUUAACUUUCAAUUCAGACUUUUCGUUGAUUAUUCGAAAAAACAAAAAGUUAGGAGUUUGCGGAACAGAUGAUAAUCAACUACCGCUAUUCCAUGAGUGUUAUCAUCUCUUAUGGAAUGGAAAUGGUUGUUUUUCAAAACGGUUUAAAGUUGAGCCCGAUCACCAUCAAUCAAUGACUGUUUCGCAAUUUGACAACUACGCAAAAGACGUAUUUGAGAAAGCUACGGAGAAAUUCGCUAAGGAUUCAAAUUCGAAAUUUUAUAGAUUAAUCUGCUUUGAACACGCAGAUGGAAAUGAAACGAACGUAGCAUUCUAUAAUGACAAAAUUGAAUACAAAGGGAAAUUUAACAGCCCUUUACUCGAUCCAAAACACGUUGUAGACGGUUUACAUCACAGUAAUAUUAAAUUGGGUUCGUGUACAAUAUUACAGAGAGAGGGAGCUGAACAACCCCAAAUAACAGUCUAUUUAAAAGGGAUGCAUAUCAUUAAAAAGAUUAUCCUAUGGCCAACCGAACAACAAACUACUCAACUAUUGAACAUUUACAUGAAUACAGAAAAUAAUUUCUGCUCCGAAGAUAACGACGAUAUUCUAUUAGAAAACAAUUCUUCAACUAAAAUCCUAUGUACAAAUUCAAAGCAGGAGAGAAGUUCCAGCGUAACUGUUGUUGAAAAACAACAAGAAUUUCUACAUUUAUGCGAAAUUGAAGUGUUUUCAAAUAACAUAGCCUAUUUAAAAGGAGUCAUUAACAAAUAUACAUAUUUAAAAUUGUUUACAUUAGCAGAUGGUCAUUCAGCUGUCAUGAGAACUGUCUCAUUGGGACAGCAGUAUUGGGUUGCAAUCAAUCUAUUUGCUUACUAUAACGUUUUUGGUAUAGAUUUCGUAAUACGGACAAAUUAUCCCCUGCUCUCUAACACAUUUCGCGUUGAACUGACCAAUGAAAAUCCUUAUUUAACAUAUAACUCGUCAAAAUAUAGUUUAUGCGGAGAAAUAACAAGCUCUACUACAACUUAUACUUUGUAUACAGAAAGAUUUUAUUCACUUUUAUGCCCUAAGGGAGGGGUUAAAGGUCAAUACGUUGUGCUUAGAUUAAUUGGGUCAUCCAUUGUUCAGUUUUCUAUUGGUGAAGUUGAAGUUUUUGGCAAUUAUUUAAGACACUCUGAUCAGCAAAAUACUAAUAUAUUGUUACACAAGCCAGUAUGGGCAUAUUCUGUUCAUAGUUAUCGUUUCCCACCUCAAAAACUAACAGAUGGUCUAUACGACAUUUUCUAUCAUUCUGCUGACGUAGCAAAUACAAAAGAAUGGACAAGAAUUGAUAUGCUUGCAACGUAUACAAUUUUUCAAAUGGCAAUUUUGAACAGAGAUGAAGACUUACACACAAGAGCAAGACAUAUCAAUGGAUUUGUGGCAACUUUCCAAGAAUUUAGCCUAGAUGAACAACUUUCUCAUUCUGAAAAAUGCUUUAGCAAUAACGAAGGUUUUAACAGCGGAGAAUAUAGACUAUGGGCGUGCGAAACACCAUUUCCGGUUGGCCGAUUCGCCAUCCUAUUUCUUGAUGAACUAGAAGUUAUCAAUAUUGUUGAAGUAGAAGCCUAUGGUCAAGAAAUUGUAAAUGAUGAUAUGGCUCUUUUACCAAUUGUGAAUAUUGAUAGAAGUAGUAAUGCUAAUAGUAUUCCUGGAAAGGAAGAAAGUGCCCAAUAUCCUAUAAAGGUUAUAGACGGUUUGGCCUUGAACACCUUGGAAACUGGAUUUUUAUCAUGUUCUGGAACUUUGACAAGCAGCAACACUGAAGGUAGAAUGACUAUCUAUUUGGAGAAUCAGUAUAUGAUAAAUCAAAUAGGUAUUCUUAGGCCUUAUGAUGCACCUAGAGGUUGA